GGAAUACUCUUUGUAAAGAUCCUUGAACAAAGAUCUCUGAAGACUCGUGUUGCCUGGGGAAGCCCUGAAGUUAAAGAAGAGGAAAGAAAAUGAGUGAGGCAUGGCUCUUUCUCAGGAACGACUGACCUCUGAGGAUGUGGCCAUCAAAUUCACUCAGGAGGAGUGGGAAUUCCUAGACCCUGCUCAGAGGGCCUUGUACAGGGACGUGAUGCUGGAGACCUACAGGAACCUGCUCUCCGUGGGUGAGGAUGACUUCCUUCCAGAGCUGCCCUUGGGUAUCUGCAUUUUCCCUGUAAUUUCUGUUUCUGAUCUCAAUAUUAUCUCCACGUUGGAGCCUGAGAAAAAGCUCUGGACAGUGGGGAGUGAUGUAAAAGUAGCCAAAACUACAACAUGGGAGUGCUUUCAGUUUUUCCCUGCUGAGUAUGAUGUUAGCAGUGUGUUUGACAUAUACAGUCUUAAUUAUGUUGAGGAAAAUAUGUGUGACUUUGAGUGUCAGGGGAGUGAUGACAAAAUAAAUUACAAAGGCACACCUAUAAGCGUUUUUGGAAAUGUGCCUGAUGGAAGAGAUUCACAUGAUAGGAAGGAUGCAGGCAUCAAGCCCUUUGGAAAGAGGUUUGGAUUUAACUUUCAGGAUAAACUGCAGAUGUUUCAAACUGGCAUAAUAAUUUCUGAAUAUAAUGAAGUUAAGAGUUCUGUCAACAACAGUUUCUCAUUUUCACCAGUUCAAAGAAUUCCUCCUUGUAUCCAAACCAAACUCAAACCACACAGGGAAAAACCUUACAAAUGUGAUGAGUGUGGCAAGACCUUUACUCACAGCUCACACCUCAAGAGACAUAAGAAAAUUCAUACAGGAAAGAAAUUAUUUAAAUGUGAUAUAUGUGACAGAGUCUUCAGCCAAAAUUCAAACCUUGCUCGUCAUCAGAGGGUUCAUACUGGAGAGAAACCUUACAAAUGUGAUGAGUGUGGCAUGGCCUUUCGUGUAAAGUCAACCCUUUUAAGUCAUCAGACAGUUCAUACUGGUGAGAAACCAUACAAAUGUGAUGAGUGUGGCAAGGCCUUUCGUCUAAAGGUAACCUUUUUAAGUCAUCUGACAAUUCAUACUGGAGAGAAACCUUACAAAUGUAAUCACUGUGGCAUGGCCUUUCGUGUAAAGUCAAGCCUUUUAAGUCAUCAGACAGUUCAUACUGGAGAGAAACCUUACAAAUGUGAUGAGUGUGGCAAGGCCUUUUGUGUAAAGUCAACCCUUUUAAGUCAUCAGACAGUUCAUAGUGGAGAGAAACCUUACAAAUGUGAUGAGUGUGGCAAGGCCUUUUGUGUAAAGUCAACCCUUUUAAGUCAUCAGACAGUUCAUACUGGAGAGAAACCUUUCAAAUGUGAUGAGUGUGGCAAGGCCUUUCGUCUAAAGUCAAUCCUUUUAAGGCAUCAGACAGUUCAUACUGGAGAGAAACCUUACAAAUGUGAUGAGUGUGGCACAGCCUUUCGUCUAAAGUCAAACCUUUUAAGUCAUCAGACAGUUCAUACUGGAGAGAAACCUUACAAAUGUGAUGAGUGUGGCAAGGUCUUCAGCCAAAAUUCAACCCUUUUAAGUCAUCAGACAGUUCAUACUGGAGAGAAACGUUAUAUAUGUGAUGAUUGUGGCAAGGCCUUUUGUCUAAAGUCAACCCUUUUAAGGCAUCAGACAGUUCAUACUGGACAGAAACCUUACAAAUGUGAUGAGUGUGGCACGGCCUUUCGUCUAAAGUCAAACCUUCUAAGUCAUCAGACAGUUCAUACUGGAGAGAAACCUUACAAAUGUGAUGAGUGUGGCAAGGCCUUUCGUCUAAAGGUAACCCUUUUAAAUCAUCAGACAGUUCAUACUGGAGAGAAACCUUACAAAUGUGAUCAGUGUGGCACGGCCUUUCGUGUAAAGUCAAGCCUUUUAAGGCAUCAGACAGUUCAUAGUGGAGAGAAACGUUACAAAUGUGAUGAGUGUGGCAAGGCCUUUUGUGUAAAGUCAACCCUUUUAAGUCAUCAGACAGUUCAUACUGGAGAGAAACCUUACAAAUGUGAUGAGUGUGGCAAGGCCUUUUGUGUAAAGUCAACCCUUUUAAGUCAUCAGACAGUUCAUACUGGAGAGAAACGUUACAAAUGUGAUGAGUGUGGCAAGGUCUUUCGUCUAAAAUCAAGCCUUUUAAGGCAUCAGACAGUUCAUACUGGAGAGAAACCUUACAAAUGUGAUGAGUGUGGCAAGGCCUUUCGUGUAAAGUCAACCCUUUUAGGUCAUCAGAGAGUUCAUACUGGAGAGAAACCUUACAAAUGUGCUGAGUGUGGCAAGGCCUUUGCUCAGAGCUCACACCUCAGGAAACAUAAGAAAAUUCAUACAGGAAAGAAAUUAAAACCUUACAAAUGUGAUGAGUGUGGCAAGGCCUUUCGUGAAAAGUCAACCCUUUUAGGUCAUCAGACAUUUCAUACUGGAGAGAAACCUUACAAAUGUGAUCACUGUGGCAAGGCCUUUCAUCUAAAGUCAACCCUUUUAAGGCAUCAGACAGUUCAUACUGGAGAGAAACCUUCCAAGGCUCAGAAUCUAUCCCUGAUAGUAAAGAAGAGCAAGCUAAAAACCCUAUGCUCAUCUGAGUGGCCAACAUUUCAGGUCGGCUGGCCGCCGGAGGGAACUUUCGGCCUGCCGGUCAUCCAGGCUGUUAAAGAAAAGAUAAUGGCUCCUGAUCCUCGGGGCCAUCUGGACCAAGCUCCUUACAUUCUGGUCUGGGAAAAUCUAGUAGAAGACCCUCCCGUCUGGCUGAAACCCUUUAUUCACAACCCCCCCAGUGCUUCUGUUCCACAGGUCCUGGUCAUGGAGACCUCUAAGGAAGAAAACCGGGAGGCAUAG